GGUACAAGGUUAGGUGUGCAUUUUUUGGAUCCUCAUGUUUGCAUUGUUGUGGAACCCGCUUCUUCUGUCAUAAGAGCAAGCAAAAGGUCCUCUCAUUUGUUCGCGGAAGGAAGACGCAAAGAGCUGCAGAUCAGCAUUCCAGCGCUGGUUGAAUAGUGGAACAAGAUCACCACGGCUGAGAACAAAACCUUCAUCAAUAUGGCCGAAGUCUCAUGGAGUGACCAGUUUCAACGAGGCACUACCAACAUAAAAUGGUGCGAGGAUGUGGUUGCCAGGCAUGCUCACAGUGAUUGGAUCGCGGAAUACUACAAUUUUUGGUCCAAUCUUGCCUUUUGCUUUGCAGGGCUCAUUGGAAUGAAACGCUGUGUGGAGCUGAAGUUGACUGGUGCAUUCUGGGCCGCUGAAGUUGUCAUGUGCUUUGGGAUUGGAUUUGGUAGUAUGAUCUUUCAUGCUCAUCAGUCCAAAGUAUCGCAGAAUUUUGAUGAAAUACUCAUGAGCAUGCUUCUCAUGGCACACCUCCAUACCCUAAAGGAUGCAACCCUUUGGUUGACGCCAAGCAAAGGGAAGCGAGCACCAUUGUAUUAUUGGUAUCACAUAUGGGUGGCUGCCUACUGGGCUAUCUAUGCUUACACCAAUGUGUAUGAGCAUUUCAACAUUGGAUUCACCAUUCAGGCAAUUUGUGUUUUCCUGCUGUUGUUUGAUGUUGGAAUGAGGUUUAAUCAUUCCCAGCAAAAGUGGUAUGCUUCUGUUGGGUCUCUUGUGAUUGCAAAAGUUAUCUGGGGAUUUGAACGAAAACACUACGAAGAGGGCACAUGUGAUAGUCCAGGGGCCCUUGCCUACCAUCCUCUUUGGCAUGUUGGUGCUGCCCUAUCACAUUACUUUGCCAUGCAACAAUGUGCAGAAUUGCUUGAAAUCCACAGAAGUGGGAAAAGUGGCAGUGGCAAGAAGAUUGAUUGAUUAUGGUGGAUUGAUACCAAUCGAACGCUCCGAAACUACACCAUUAUCUUUACGCAUCACACACGUACAAUAUACAUUCAUGUUUCGAAACGGAGCAUAUUUCUUGCUGUGUCGGUUUCACCAUGAAGAUGACUGGAUUCGUACGGAAUUGAUUCCUGAUUUUAUAUAGACCAGCUAGAUACGAAAUUUUAGUACCGGUAGCCCACAUUGGCACCAUGAUUUCUUUUUCAGCCCU